UGAGGUAGAGGAUACUGGAGUUUAUUGUACAUUUGUUGUGGCCUUGGAGGAAAGAAUUUGUGAUCGUGACUCAUUGACAAAGUAAAGCCAGGUAGUGACUUAACUGUGUAACACUAUGUCGUGGUUUGGUGGGAACUCUGACAAGAAGAUGCAGGACUGCAUGUUCCAGUUGAAGUUCUGUGGCAAACAAAUGGAAAGACUCUCCAAGAAGGCAGAGAAGGACCAGAAGAUUCAAGAAGGAAAAAUCAAGAAAGCUCUGCAACAGGGAAACGUUGAAGGUGCCAAAAUUUAUGCUGAAAAUUCAAUUAGGAAGAAGAAUGAAUCACUCUCUUACUUACGGAUGGCAUCAAAGAUAGAUGCUGUAGAGUCAAGGAUUCAGUCAGCAAUGGCUAUGAAGGGAGUCACCAAGAAUAUGGGCUCUGUGGUGAAGGCUUUGGAUCAGGCCCUCAAUGCCAUGGACUUACAAAAGGUUUCCUCAAUCAUGGAUAAGUUUGAAACACAAUUUGAGGACUUGGACGUGAGAACAUCGGUGCUGGAAGACAGCAUGGGAGCUGCCACAACACUUUCCACUCCAAAAGAGGCUGUGGAUGCCCUUAUCCAGCAGGUGGCAGAUGAGGCCGGUCUGGAGGUUAUGGAUCAAGUCAAUGCCCAGGAUGUGCCCACAGCAACACUUAGUUCUACUGCUGGUGAACGUACAGCUGACCAGGAAGAUGUGCUCACUAGACGGCUUGCAGCUCUGAGAAAUUAGUACUGGAGUGUAAUGAAUGGUUGUGUAUCAUGUAUAUAUGAAAAUGAUAUCUACUUAAACAGACUUUCAGUUUAUUGUAGAAUAUUGGUUACAUUAUAUUAUCUUUGCUGAUUUGUUAAUGAGGUUAUUAUCUUUGGAAGUGAAGAAUUAUUAAUGAUUUUGAAGAAAAUAAGGGAACCUCAUCACUGAAUGGAAUGAUAAAUCAGAGAAUGUUUUUUGUGACAUGCAGCUUCCUGGUGUUAAAUAUGUACCUUGAUGUACCUUUAUACAAAUUAAUGUAUUUCUUUGUUCUGUACAUCAUAAUUUACAUAAAUUGUAAAUCUCUUCCCGAAUAUCUGCAAUAUCUAGAUGCUGUUGGAUGUUUUGGAGGAAUUUUUCCAUCUGUUGAAAGUUAAGUCUUGAGGACAAGAAGGAUAAAUAGUAAGUGGACUUGAUGGUCGUCUGGAGAGAACAUGUGGCACGGAAAGUGAAUCAGAGUGGCUUUGAUGCUAAUCUGAGGUCAUUAGGGAGCACUGCUAAUGUUGCAUGUAGAAUUAUUGUUUUGAAAGAUGACAUUUUGAAAAAUACAAAUUGGCAGGUGCAGUAAACUCUCGCAAUUUUGGACUUAAUUUUUUUUUUACACUUAGGCCAUCAAGUAAAAGUACUGUACAGUGCUGUACUGAAAUUUGGAAAAGUUUUAAAAUAUUAAAUUCAUACAAAACUUUGGUGGCCCAUUUGUUGAAUUGUCUUAUGAGUAGCAUGUAACCAUGUACUUUACACUUCCUCUUUCAACACUUUAUGUCAUCUCUGCACAACCACAGUUUGUACGAGGUAGACUUAUUUUAGUUUAACACUUAGUGCUCUAGUAGUAGCUUCCUUUUAGUGGGAAACACUUCUGAAAAUGAUAGACUGCUGUAAGUGAAGUGAUUGUGUGCUCCUUCGGCCUGCCUACACAAAUGCAUCUAUAUUUACUCCAUUCCCUUGUGCACACUUGUUUUCUUAACACAUCCAUGUGUGUUCUCUGCUCAGCCAUAGUUUGUAUUUAUCUUUCUUUACUUUUAUUUUUGUAAAACUUUUAGUGCUCUAGCAGAAAGCAUCUCAGAAUAGACAAAAAUGAUAAAGCCAGCUUUAUGUAGAGUAGUUGUGUUAAAUUCCUUGUAAAUGCUGAUACUGCACUGUACAGUAUAUGCUUUUGCCUUGACCUCGAGUGGCAAAAGUAAGGUUUGUAUACUGCGUGCAGUAUAGGUGUUACAUUUGUUUUUGUUCUUUUUUGUUUUUUUUAAAUGCUGUAGAAAACAGGGCAUUAGAUGGUUACUUGUGCAAAGGGGUGGGUGUGAGACAAGUGUUAUCACUUAAUUAACACCAUUUUCUCUCAGGAAGUCUCUCCAGUUUCAGAAAAUUAAAAAUUUGGGAUUGAGUUUCCCCGACUAGUCCAAAAUUGCAAAGGUUUUCUAUAUUGUGUAAAAGCAGAGAAAAUGCAAGAGUUCUUUUGGCAUUUAUUAAUUGAUAAUUUUGAAGAAACUUGGUACCUGUAAUUAAGGAGAACUUAAAAGUAUUGGAGUGGAAUGCUAGGUAAUUUGGGUUGAUUUUAUAUUAAAAAAUUAUAUUUGGUGCAACAUUUGAUAAUUAAGUCAUAUAGAGAUUGUUUGAGGUCAUUUAUACAGUACAGUACAGGAUUUUGAAAAUUUUAUGGUUUGCAGAUGUACUGUAUUUAAUGAUUUUGGAAGUAAAUUUGGUGAAUAUUGACAAUAAGUAUUGUUAUUAGGGUAUGAGACAUUAUGAAUAAGCUAGAGUGUGAAUGACAUUGUUUGUCUUACGUAAGAUCUUUCCUUAUCAGUGAAUCAAAUCUUACGGACAUAGAGGAAUUUUUGCUGAUAGUGAUAAAGAUUAUGUUGGUCGUGGGAGUGGUACUGUACCUAAUUUCCACGUCUAAUAUGCAGGGUGAGAGGCAUUAGGGUCACUACUUUUGGAAAAGAGGGAAGUGUUUGCAAUAUUGGGAAAUUUUUUAACCACUAGGUACAUGCUGGGAAAUUUUAUUGUUGUUUUGAGAUGCUUUAUGUCAGGUACAGAUUCUUUAAACCUAGUCUCAUAAAAUCAGAGGUUGUUGAAAGACCCAUUUUUUCCUUAAGUUUUCUUCCUUUGCCAAGUCAAGUUUUGCAUCCACUCAACAGACCUGGUUGAAUGUUUGUUUUACAUCUUAAAUAAGAAAAUAAAGAAAACAGAAUUGUUUGUAAGUACUGUAGUGUAAAUUUAAAAGAUAUAUUCAAUAGAUGACCCAUAGAGAGCAGGUAGCAUUUGGCAUAAGUUACCUUGCCUCUUUAGUUUAAUUUCACUAAUAUUAAUUUCAAAAGCUAUGUGAAAUAAUAACAAUAUUUCAUCAAAACAAAUGAAUAUAAAAACCGAUAAACAAAGCUACUGUAUAUAUUCAUUCAGACAAUAAAUAUAAACUCUGUACUUCUAGCAGAUGUCCCCUGACUUGCUGGGAUGUAAACAAACCUUUCAACUCUAGCAACUCCCAGCUUCCAAAUAGACUACAGUAUAGUUAAUGUGUGUUUAUAAGUUAGUGUGUUUACAGUGAUGUUUUCCAUAUUUUGUUAUUUAAGAAGUAAAACCAACAUUAGACUAAGUGUGUGUGUGUGUGUGUAAACAAGUCUUGACAGUCUCCUCCUAGGCCCAGGGUACAAUGACCUAUGACCCAGGAAGCCAGCAAAUCCUCAAUACCAGUUUAGUCUUCGUCCCAUGGGUCCUGGAUAUGAGGGUUUACACCUGUAGCAUAAUGGUAGUGAAGAGCAAAUACACAAAUGGAACAUCUGGAAACAGGCUGAUACCAACCAGGUUAGUGACUAUGUAAAAUUUAUUAUUUUUAUUAUUAUAUAUAUAUAUUUUUUACAUGGAACAAUGAUAUUACCCUGGAGGUGAAAUGUGUUGUUGUUAUAAACAUUUUAAUCAGAUGCCAAUAUGUCUCGUGAAGUUGGUAAGUAAUUUUAUUUUUUUUCUUUCUUUCUCGUCAGUCUGCCUUGAGAUAAGUACAGUAUGUAUUUCAGUUUUAAAGAUUCAUCAACAAGUAAUCCACUGUGAUGACUUACAGUACAGGAUAUUUUGGGUUAUGUUGUAGUGUGGUAAGAGUGAAGGAAGUCUUUUUAUAUUUUUUUUAACAUUAUUGUACAACUGAACUACAGUAUUCCCUUGAUGGGUUACUCACCUAGGAUCCUGAUGUAGUUAGUUCAUACAGUGAAUAUUAUCUGUAACUGGAACCAAAACAUACAUUUUAAUCAAUACGUACAUUUACAUCACUUCAUUGUUUUCUGACUAGCCAAUCACAAACCAAGAUGAGAGAUAGAGGGCGGGGCUAUUUGACAUUUCCAUAAUGAACAACGGUAAAGUUACAAUACAGUACAGUAUUUUUGCACUUUAGCUGAUGUUAAAUAUUCAUCGUAUCAGAACUUUGAGAAUCAGGUUCUUGGUGAUGUUUCUGUUGUCUUGAGGUCUGUGUUCAAUGCAUUUCUGUAUUUUAUCUUUGGUGUCCAAAUUAUUUUAUACAGAAGUAGGGUUGGUCAUGUAUCUUUUUGGAUCAAGUUUUUUAUUGUAAAGUUCCAGGUCGAUGUAACUGACAAAAUUGAUUUUAAAAUUGUUCUUUUGACUAAGAAAACUUUUAUUUGUAGAUUAGAGAAAUCUCUUUGGUGAGUGUCAGAGUUUAAAAAUGGAAGUAAUAAUUCCAGUUCAUUCUUACACUGAAUAACAUAUAGAGAACGGGCCUAUAUCUUUUCAAAGUUUGUAUGGAAAUGUGUGGCUCUUAAGAAUGAAUGAAUGAGAGGUGUUCCUGACCCUGACCACCCUGCCUUGUAGUGGAAGAGCUUGCAGAUGCAAAAAGAAUGUAUGUUAUCUGUAGAUUUAUGGUUUGAAGAGACAUCCUUUACAUAAUAGCUUGAGGUAUUGUCUUAUGAAUUUGAAGUGUACCCUUACAAUGUGGCACUGAUAUUCUUAAUCACGUUAGUAUGCAUAGUGUGAGUCUGUUAGCCUCUCCCUGCUUGUAUCACUUACCAUUGAUGCCCUUGUGAAAUUUUUUUUGCUUCAAAGAUUUUCAGAGCCUUAAUGUGAUUCACAACAGAUGUGAACACAAUGUCUGCUAUACUAUACUGUACCAUAAUUUUUGCUUUAUGAUAUUUCUGAGAAUUAUUUGUUUUGACGAUUGUGCCUUUGAUAUGUGAAUUUUGUAUCAGUCAUUUUCACUGGAAAUUUUUUAAUAACAGAUGAUAAGUAUUACUCAUGUACAAAGUGGGUUUACUUACAUAAUACUUGACUAUUUGUUAAACAUGAUUGGUCAGAUGGGUUCCAUUCCUAAUAGGCUCCAACCUAACCUAACCAUAAGGAUAGGCACCCAAUUCUAAUGGGGAACUUAAGGACUAGGGCCCAUUUUACUGUGACCAUGCAAUUAGCUGGGUAGGAAUAUUACCAAAUAGAUACUGUACCCUCAUGUAGAUUUGCUUCCAGGUAUAAUUUUCAUUUUUUUCUGUACUUUUCUAUUGCCGAGUAUCAUGAAGUUUACACCAAGAAAUGAAUAAGAUUAAGGUAUUGAUGCUUGGAAUGUAUGUGUAAUGAAUGAAAACCUUCAUAAUAGGAUUGUUUUGUCCAUGUAUUGUCCUGGUACUUAAACAAUGUGAUUUCAUAUUCUAUAGUACAGUAUAAUACAUUAUACAGAAAAUAAUAACAUUUGACUUCAUAA